GACCUGCGUGUCCUCUCUCCCUCUUUUCUUCCCACACAAACCAACACCUCUCCAAUUUUGAAACCGGCGACAUCGUCGCGGGUCCGCACCCUCUGACCGAUUAUUCAACGCCGAGAAUACCAUUCAGCUUUGUCUGACCAUCAGCCUGAAGUAUUUAUUGUCGACUUCCUUGAGUACUUCUCGCUCUGCUUCUUGUUGUCUGCAACAAGCAGCAACCAGCCACGCCCGAGACUUCAACACAGGUAAGACUCUCCUCUCCCCUCUCCUUCCAUACCCACUCCCCAGCCUUUCCUUCCUGGCCCAACCAAGGCAACGGCCUCAUUUCCCAAACCCUGUCUGCUCUGCCUCUUCUACCAUACCUCGACCCACGGCAUAUCAGGUCGGUCGAGCGGGUUUUUCCAGUUUAUCCAACAACCUCUACCAUUUACCGACCGACUGACUUCAAGGAAACCCUAGAACUCUCGACUUCAGAAACACAUCACCUUCACCAGUACUACCAAGUUGACCCGUCGCCAAAAUGUCUUGGGACAACGGGAAUGAUAACUGGGGCAACCCCACUCCCACCGCCACCAGCGGCGGUGACGAUUGGGGCAAAGGUUCUGCUUCCAACAACAAUGACGGCAAUGGCUUUGGCGAUGACAGCUUCCGCGGUGCUGCCACCUCUGGAAACGGCGGUUUUGGCGAUGCUGCCCCCUUUGGCGGCGACGGCGAGCACCGCGGCGAGACCAGUCACAACAAGGCUGAUUGCCCCAACCCGCGCAAGCCUCUUGGUGCUUGCCGCCGCUGCGGUGACGAAGGUCACUACAGCAAGGAUUGUCCCACUGCUGGUCCCAUGACCUGCAAUGCAUGCGGUUCAACGGAACACCUUCGCAAUGAGUGUCCCGAUGCCGGGCCAAUGCUUUGCAAGAACUGUGGCGAAGAGGGCCACACCAUCUCUGCUUGCGAGAAUGCUCGCAAGGUGGACCGCAGCGAAAUCCCCGACAAGACUACUGAGGAAGCUUGGGAGUUGAUCAAGACUGCUGUCGCCGAGCGCGACAUUGACGACCUCAAGGCUGCAGUUCAGAUUUACGUGAAGUCACAGCCUGACUGCACUUAUCAGCAGCUCGAGUCGGCCUUCCGUGGUCAUGACCUCGGGAUAUGGCUCAUCGCCCUUGAGAGACCCACUGUCUCUACCCUGACCAAUAUGGAUCUGCAGGGAAAUCUUGGGAAGAAAUACACGGUGUCGUACCGUUUCUCCCCCAACCCCGCUCGCCCCCGCGAACGUGAGGGUUGGCCCGAGACUGAAGAGGAGCGCAUGGAGCGCUUGGCUGACGCUGGCAAGCUCGUUGCUCGUGGUUUGCCCAAGUGUCGCAACUGCGACCAGCUUGGUCAUAUCUCUAAACACUGCAAGGAGGACAAGCGUGAAAACGAGCGAAUCCAGGUCAAGUGCUACAACUGUGACGAGAUCGGCCAUCGUGUCCGCGACUGCCCGACUCCUCGCGUGGACAAGUUCGCCUGCAAGAACUGUGGACAGCCUGGCCAUCCCGUGGCUGAAUGCCCCGAGCCCCGCUCCGCCGAGGGUGUCGAAUGCCGCAAGUGCAACGAGACUGGCCACUUUUCGAAGGACUGCCCGUCUGCCGGUCCUCGUGGCUGCCGGAAUUGUGGCCAAGAGGGCCACAUGUCCAAGGAAUGCACAGAACCCAAGAACAUGGAUAAUGUGCAGUGCCGCAACUGCGAUGAGAUGGGUCACUUCUCAAAGGAGUGCCCAAGGCCUCGUGACUGGUCUCGUGUCGAGUGCCAAAACUGCCACCAGAAGGGUCACACCAAGGUUCGCUGUCCGAACCCCUUGGUCUCGGAUGAGAACAGCGGCGGUUUUGGUGGUGGUGACGGUGGUUUUGGCGGUGGUGAUGGUGGCUUCGACAACGCUGCCCCUUCUGCCGACGACGGCGGCUGGUAA